AUGGUAACGCGAAAGCGCAGCCGCUCUGAGGCGGUCGCUACCACUGAGAAACAGCCUGCGGAGGAACUUGGGCUUCUCCAGCGCAUUCGGAAUAGCUGGGAGUUUGCCAGUCUUAUGCAAUACAUCGCCAUCUUUGGAGGAAUCAUGAAGAUCGAUAACGAGUUUGAAAUCGAGGACCUAGAGGACGAAUGCCUGAAACCCGAACCUUCAUACAAAUUGCUUGAGAUUGGAUUAUGUCUUCUGAAGUGGAUAUCGUCGCAUCGUGGACUCACGUUCGACAACUUCGACGAGUAUACCCGGCGUCAAUACAAUGCGAAGGCUUUGGACAUACCCAACCCCUUCGGACAAGAUGAAGUCCCCUUACGAUUCCUCGAUUUCGAUGUUUUUCUGAAGCUGCGGGUUCUCCACCAACUAUCAGUGUGGACAUUCUGGAACCAGGAUCGUAUCCGCGACAAGAUGCCUGAGAAGAAGGAGAGCGAACAACUGCAGUGGCGCAUCGAAGAAUUUGGAUGGGACCGCGAUGGCCGAUCCUAUUAUGUCUUAGAUGACAACCGCCUCUACCGUCGAACCGAACCCGCCAUUCCUGCCCCUCAGCGACCGAAGAAGAAGCCGAAGAGCAGGUCCUCUCGCAAAUCUCGUACUUCGAAGCGCACUUCGACCGCUGCAGUGGAAGAAGGCUCCGACGAGGAGGGUCAAGCCCAGGAUACCGACGGAUCUACCUCUGAAUAUAAAUGGGAAUGUGUGGCUGUCACUCUCCCUGAGUAUCAAGAGUUCAUAGAUACAAUCCGCAAGAGCAAGGAUGCCGACGAAAGACAGCUACGUGAACGUCUCGAGGAGCAUGUCUUGCCAAUCCUGGAGAAGGCCGAGGAGGCACAGCAGCGCAAGCGACAGAAGCGUGAGAAGGAGCUUCACAACAUGCAACUUCUUGCAGGUGCCAAGCGAUCCAGUCGUCUUGCUGCUAAGGAGGAGAAGGAACGAUCCGACCGUGACGCUGUAGAGACCGCCCGAAAGCAUGAAAAUGCACUUGCUGAGGCUCGCCGGGAACAGUCUCGAAAGCAACAAUUGGAGGUUGAGCGACAGUCUCGUAUGAUGACUCGCGAGCAGCGCACUAAAGAUCGCGAGCAGAAGCGGAUUCUCCACCAAGAGGAGAUGGAUAAGCUCAAGAUAGAAGAAGAGCGAUUGGAGCGUGGCGAGGGCCGCAUCUCUGCACGAAAUCUCAAAGCCGAGCGCGAUAAGAUGCAGAAGAAUUUGGCUGAUUUAGUUCAAGAAGACGAGUGGGUCUUCGACUGCUCUGGGUGUGGAGUGUACGGGGAAAAUCUGGACGAUGGAAGCCAUAGUGUCGCGUGCGAGAAAUGCAAUGUUUGGCAACACAGCAGCUGUCUUGGUAUCUCUAAGGAGGAUGCCGAGAAGGAAGAUUUCCACUUCGUUUGCCGUGACUGCAAGCGCAAGGAGGAAGAAGCUAAGAAGCCCAAAAUCGCCCCUUUGAAAUUCAGACUCAGCACAUCGGCAUCGCCGUCAUCGGCUCCUCCUCGGGAACAAAGCGCUCAUCUCCAGAAUGGACCUUCAGCUGCCCAAGCUUCGACACAACCCCAUCUCCCACCGGUCCCUGCGCGAGCCCAGUACUACGUCCCUCCGUCCCCGGAGCGUCGUCAAUACCCUGCAAACCAAUCAUCUUUCCCAUCUUCCAGUCCUUCUCGGCCUUCUUUCUCCCCGUCCAAAGGUAUGGACGCCCCAGCAUAUCCCUCUAUGAAACCGCUGCCUGGAAUUACUCAUAAUGGUGUCUCUCUGCCACCGAUGCAACCUGGGCCACAUCUUCCUUCAUUUGGUUCAUUUCAGUCUGCUCGUCCUUCGUCCUCUCACUCUGGCCACGGUGCCAUCCAAAACCGACCAUCUAUGUCACCCACUCAAGGCAACCACGAAGUUGGUCCUUUAGCAGGAUUCCCGCCCUCUCAGCAGCCUGCCAAUGGACCCGGUUCUUGGUCUCCUUUCCAAAACCAGAAUCAGAGCUACACGACUCCCCGGCCCCAGUCUGGACAUGGUGGUACAUUUGCCAUGUCCAGCAACUAUCCGUCCUUUUCAGCAGCCGCAACUCCCAACGGCAACCACAACCACUCCUCACCCCCCUCAAAGCUCACACGGCAUCGGAAUGUCUGGUAUCAGCCCCACCAAGCAGUCUCCUCGUCCUCUUACCUCCGGCGCUAUGGCAGUUCACCAGAUGCCCCGAUUCCACCGCCUGUGAAGUGCAUGACACCCGAGCAGGAGGAACGCAGACAAAGGGAGAAUGCAAUCAGGCACCACUAUCCCUCUAAUGGCCAGGCGCAUCCAAUGUCAUCCCCAUCUAUCAACCGAAUUCCUUCCUUGGGCCCGGCAGCAACCUCUCAAUUGCCAGAUCCGGUCCCAUCUCCUCAACAUGGGGAUCAGGAUCAUCGGCAGUAA